AUGAUGACGGCCCACCAGCAGAGCGCGGAUCAAGUGAAGCCAUACACAUAUCCACACGGAACACCUUCAAUUGACGUCGCUUCCUCUUCUUCCUCUUCCUCAGUUGCCGGCGCUACUGAGUCUACCUCAGUAAUGUCUGGAGGUACCUCGGCAUCCACCAGCAGCAGCAGCGUAGCAUCGCCUCCCACUGCAGACAGGAAGCGCAAGCAGCCUUCGAGUCCCACUGAAAAUGUCGGCGUCAACGGAAGCAUCAACAGUCUAAACAAGGAAAAGGAGCAGCAGCCAUCUAAGAAAUCUCGCCGUGAGCUGCCACCGCACACUGUUGCUAUCCUGAAGGGCUGGAUGCUAUCUCGUGAGCAUGUAAAGCACCCGUACCCGACAGACGAGGACAAGCAAAUGCUGCUCAUGAAGACAGGGAUCAGUAUGAAGCAGCUUACGAACUGGUUCACGAACGCACGCAAGCGCAUCUGGAAACCUAUGAUGCGACGCGAACAUUCGCGCCAGAUGCAGUCGAUCAUGGAGUACGAUCACACAGCAGUGCGCGAGUUUCCAGGUGCUGGCCUCAGUCAGCAGUACGCGGAGAGUAGUUAUGCUCCUCGCGCGUCCGUUCGGCACUCGUUCGACGCUGGGAGUCUGGGUGCGCCUCCUCACGCGGCAGCUGCUUUCGACAGGUAUGCACGACCGCAGGCUGUACCUGUAAAUGCACCAAUGUAUCCGACACGUGCCAUACGCUCCAUGUCGGAGACCCCAGCAAGGAUUGAUGUUGACGAGUAUUUGGACGCGGAACGGAUUCGAGAACAUGGAUUGGAGCGAAGCCACGAUAGCCAUACCCCGCACAAUAGUUUAUCGUCUCCUGGGCAUAAGAUUUUGCAAGAGUGGGUAAUCGCGAACGCGCGACGCGAAUAUCCGUACCCAAGCGAUACCGAGCGACUGCAACUCGCAAGAGACACGGGGCUUGAUGUAUCACAAGUGGACGGAUGGGUCACGCGUCUUCGCGAGCAGAUGGACGGUGCCCCUGUCCAUGUCACUUCCAUUCCGUCUGAUGGAAACCCGGUGUUCCCACCUCGGCCUGCGUAUAGGGAGCGUCGAUCUAUUCCGACCAAUGGAAAUCUCAUAUUUCCUCCGCGGCCAACCGCUUCUGGCGUGUUGCGACCAUCUAUUCCGUCUGUCGGGAACUCGCAGUUCCCUCCACCCCCUGCGCGUCGGGAUGCUAGCGACAGUCGAUUCACGACGUUUCUCUCUGCUGCCUUGCAUUAUCAGGGUCACGAGCCGACGCGAAUGCGCUCGAUAACGAUCAGUUCGAGCCCAUAUUUGUCUCAACCUUUGUCGUCCAUCUCAGCAGGUAACAACUCUCAGGCCCAGAAUGCUGCCGGUGCUUUGCCAUCGCUAUCCAGUCGGAGCUUAUUGAGUCGACCUCCACCUAUUGUCACUACCAAUGGUCCCACUAUGGGCCAGCCGCGUGACAGUCGAUCGCGUACACUUGACAUGGGCCAGUUUGCUGAGGCGCGGCGACGAAAGAUGACUUUUCAGGACAUUCUGGCGUCAACGGGCAAGCCCACCGUUCGUGCCGCACCAGCAGCUGCCACAUCUAGUCUUUCCGCUGCAAGCGGCAAUUAUAUGGAAAACGUAUACCCAGCUAGCGAUUUGUCGGCGUCGAGAGUGUACCCAGCCGCCGCACCCGGUGUGUUCCAGCAGAAGAAUUCGUCAGUGCAGUCUGAGCAGCAGUCUGGCCGAUUAGUAUGA